UUUUUGAGGGCGUACAGCUGCGAGAUCACUGUUUAAACUAUUAAACAUUAAGUUGAACAGGCAGUUUAUGUCUGUGGCUUGUUUCUGCAGCAGGGUGGUGUCCACACGGAUCCUGACCACACUGCCAUGAGAAGACACACUCAUCUCCUCAGCCAUUACCGCGCCUCUGAGUAACUGAGAGAUGUCCGUGGAGCUAGAAGAGGAACCAAAGUCAGACGCAAAAAGAAGAUGCGCGAAACUGUUUUGGCGUUUCUUUCCUCAUGUUUUCCUCAUUUUAUCACUCAUUUUAUAUGCGGUUUUAGGAGCGGUAAUUUUUCAAAACAUUGAGUGCAAUGCUUACGAGGAGCCGGAGAACAUCACGGCGGUGGUGAGAAAAGUGGUGGAGACAAUGCAGAAUCACACAGAUGCCUCAAAACAGGAAAAAAUAAUAGAAGACAUUCUGAAGAAAUUCUGUGAGGAAAAGGAGAAAUAUCAAAACUGGAGCUUCUACGGUUCCCUUUUCUUCUCCUGUACAGUGUUCACUACUUUAGGUUAUGGAAGAAUGUAUCCAGUAACUUUUAAAGGCAAGGUGGCUUGUAUCGUGUAUGCGAUGGUGGGCAUCCCUCUCAUGCUGCUAGUCAUCUCAGAUGUGGGUGAUAUCUUAGCUGUUCUUCUCUCUAAAGUGUACACUCGCCUCAGCCUGUUCGUCAGGCAGCAGAAGUUACAUCGCUUAUGCAUUCACAGGCAUGAAAAGGCAUCGCCUUCAAAACAAGUUCAAGGUGCUGAUACUGAUGCCACCUAUACGUUCAGCCAGGAUGUUAUGGUGCACGAGACAAAGAACAUUCAACAGGUAAUAAAAACCCAGUCAUCCUUCAAACGCUCUUCCGUACAGAUUCGUAACAACAGAGAGAUCUUUGACCUUAUGAUUUUUGAAGAGAUCUUCAAGCCCAAAGCCACUCUGACAAAAUCCUGCUCGUGCCCAGAUCUCAACCGCAUGGUACACACAAAAGCCAAUUCCAAAUUAUUCAUUGGCAUCGGACAGGAGAUGGAACGCUUUAAAGUCCCUCUGCUGGUCAUCUUGCUGGUGGUAUUUGCAUAUAUGGUGGUCUGCAGUCAAAUUUUGAGAUGCUGGGAAGAGCAGAUGAACAAUUUUGAUGCCUUUUAUUUCACCUUCAUCACCUUGACCACCAUUGGCUUUGGUGACAUUGUGCCUCAACACCCAAAGUACUUCAUGGUUACCUUUUUGUUCAUUAUCAUGGGCAUGGCUAUUAUGAGUAUGGCCUUCAAACUCGGCCAAUCGCAAAUUGUUAGCUUUUACAGGCGGGGCAUACGGUGUGUUAGCAUGGGCAAGGUAGGAAUACACAACGACCCAGAUAGUAACUGAAGGCGGGAAGAAGCAUUUAGUUUUUGUGGCUUUGCUAACAGCACUUAAAAUUACUACAGGAAAGCAUGAGCAUUCUCAGCACAAGAUGGUAAUGUGUUUUAAUACCUAUAUCACUGCCUGUUUGAUAUAGUGGGUUGAAGGGAAAUAAACCACAGUCCUGCUGCACUAAACAUGUAGGAGAAAAAGGCUGAGACACUCCUGUUAACUAUAUCAGCCAAAUUGCAAGGAAAAUUUGAAGAGAAUUGCAUGAGACAUUGUUUAUUUUUGUUUAUACAUGUAGCUUGUCAGUAAUGCAAGUCACUUAACAAAUCCAUUUAUUCUUGGCAUUCAUUUAUGUUCAUGCAAGAUGUACUGUUUAACAUACUGGGUAUUCAUAAAAUAUCAGAUAAGAACACUACCAGUUUUGUUUUUCUUUUUUCAUUCAAUGCCAAGAAUAAACUUUCUGAUCAAUGCAUCACUUUUAUUGGCAUUAAAAUUGAGUGUGUAUGUAAACUAAUUUGUCCACUAAUACAAAAGCUAGCAUGUAAAUAUAUGAUUGAGCACCUGUAAUA